GAAGAGGAUACCUGACUGUGACACUCCCGUCCGAACGGAGGGAAGAAUCCAUGUGGGACACGCUGAGUUUUAGGAGCGAAGACGGAACCGAUGGGCGGGAAUGAACACCACGAGCCAACUUCCAGCUCGUGGUGCGCACAAAAAGUGGGGAUCGAUACGGAUUAACCAGUGAUGGAUUCCCUCUGAGCGUCGGGUUGGACGGGUUGACGCGCGGAGCGCUGCGUAACGAUGGGCACCCCGGCGCACCCGGAGACCAGGAAGUUUACGCGGUGUCUGAGUAAACCUGGCACCGCGGCCGAGCUCAGGCAGAGUGUCUCCGAGGUGGUGAGGACAUCCGUGUUGGUCGUGAAACGGAAGGUGAUCGAGCCGCUGGAUUAUGAAAAUGUGCUGGUUCAGAGAAAGACCCAGAUCCUCAGUGAUGUUCUCAGGGACAUGCUGCAGUUCCCCCUCGAGGACUUUGAGAUUUCAACUCUGAGGCGCCACGGAAGAACUCUGCACCCCACAGUGCCUGAAAAUGCUGAGCGGGAGGCCCAGAGCCUGUUUGUCCAAGAGUGCAUUAAGACCUACAAGUCCGACUGGCAUGUCGUCAACUACAAGUACGAGGACUAUUCUGGUGAUUUCCGACAGCUUCCAAACAAAGUGUCACGGCCUGAGAAACUUCCUGUUCAUGUGUUUGAAGUGGACGAGGACGUCGAUAAAGAUGAGGACACAGCCUCCUUAGGAUCCCAGAAAGGUGGGAUUUCCAAACAUGGCUGGCUCUACAAAGGAAACAUGAACAGCGCCAUCAGUGUCACCAUGAGGUCAUUCAAGAGGAGGUAUUUCCACCUAACUCAGCUCGGCGAUGGCUCGUAUAAUUUAAACUUCUACAAGGACGAGAAGAUUUCCAAAGAGCCCAAAGGAACCAUUUUCCUGGAUUCCUGUAUGGGUGUGAUUCAGAGCACAAGAGAUACAGAUUACAGGAUGAGGAAUGAAACCAGACUGAAACUGUUCACUCUGGACCCAGACACUCAGAAACUUGACUUCUCAGGAAUAGAGCCAGACGUGAAGCAGUUUGAGGAGAAGUUUGGCAAGCGGGUGCUGGUGAACUGCAACGACCUCUCGUUUAACCUGCAAAGCUGCGUCGCAGAAAACGAGGAGGGGCCGACGACGAAUGUGGAGCCAUUCUAUGUGACCCUGUCUCUGUUUGACAUCCAGAACGGUAGAAAAAUCUCCUCCGACUUCCACGUUGACUUGAACCACCCAUCUGUGAGGGGCAUGGUGCCCAGUAACACCAGUCAGUAUAUGAACGGAGGGGCUGACGCCCGUCCCGAGGGACAGCGGUUUAUCCACGGAAUAUCAGAAGCUGCUUUGCAGUAUCCCCGACAGGGAGUGUUCUCAGUAACAUGCCCUCAUCCAGAUAUCUUCCUGGUGGCUCGCAUCGACAAGGUGCUUCAGGGGGGGAUCACCCACUGCGCUGAACCUUACAUGAAGAGUUCAGACUCCACCAAGAUGGCACAGAAGGUCCUGAAAAAUGCCAAGCUGGCAUGCAGUCGACUGGGCCAGUACAGGAUGCCUUUUGCCUGGGCAGCGAGAUCUUUGUUCAAAGACGCUUCAGGGACUCUUGACAAAAGUGCACGUUUCUCAGCUCUGUACAGGCAGGACAGCAACAAGCUGUCCAAUGACGACAUGCUCAAACUGCUGGCUGAUUUCAGAAAACCGGAGAAGAUGGCCAAGCUGCCUGUAAUUUUAGGAAACCUUGACGUCACCAUCGACAGUGUUGCACCUGACUUGACAAAUUGUGUUACCUCAUCCUACAUUCCUGUGAAGCAGUUUGAUGUGAGCGAACGGAGCAACGUCUUUUUUGAAGUGGAGGAGUUCGUGCCGUGCAUCGCCAAAUGCUCUCAGCCUUUCACCAUCUACAACAAUCACCUCUACGUUUACCCGAAGCACUUGAAAUACGACAACCAGAAGUCGUUUGCAAAGGCGAGAAACAUUGCCGUCUGCAUCGAGUUCAGGGACUCGGAUGAUGAAGACGCUGUUUCACUGAAGUGCAUCUAUGGGCGACCGGGGGGACCCUUGUUUACCAAAAAUGCCUUUACAUCAGUAUUACAUCACCAGCACAACCCCGAAUUCUACGAUGAAUUUAAGAUUGAGCUGCCAACUCAGCUCCAUGAGAAACAUCACCUGCUCUUCACCUUCUACCAUGUGAGCUGUGAGAGCAACAGCAAGGCCAGCACCAAAAAGAGAGACGUGGUAGAGAUGCAAGUGGGUUACGCCUGGCUCCCCUUGCUGAAGGAUGGCCGAGUGGUCAUGAAUGAGAGUCACAUCUCUGUGGCUGCAAACCUGCCUGCUGGAUACCUGAGCUGUCAGGAGGGAGCCAGCAAGCAUUUGGGUCCGGAGGUCAAAUGGGUCGAUGGAGGAAAGCCAUUAUUCAAAGUGUCCACUCAUCUCGUGUCCACUGUGUACACUCAGGAUCAACAUUUGCACAACUUCUUUCUUCACUGUCAGAGCGUUGCAUCAGCAGCUCAAGUGUCAGGAGGAGAACUGGUCAAAUUCCUGAAAAGUUUGCAUGCCAUGGAGAGUCAUGUGAUGAUCAAGUUCUUGCCAACCAUCCUCAAUCAGCUGUUCAGGGUCUUGACCAGCAACACACAAGAGGAUGUCACAGUGAACGUCACCAGAGUCAUGAUUCACGUUGUCGCCCAGUGCCACGAGGAAGGCUUGGAGCACUACCUUCGCUCCUAUGUGAAGUAUGUGUUUAAGACUGAGCCGUACACGUCCUCAACCACCCGAACUGUGCACGAAGAGUUGGCAAAAGCCAUGACUGCAAUCCUGAAACCUUCCACUGACUUCCUGACAUGCAACAAGCUGCUCAAGUACUCCUGGUAUUUCUUUGAAGCCUUAAUCAAGUCCAUGGCUCAGUUCUUGAUUGAAAGCUGUAAAGUAAGGCUGUCCAGAAAUCAGCGCUUCUCUGCACCCUUCCAUCACACCGUGGAGACUCUGGUCAACAUGAUGAUGCCACACAUCACUCAGAAGUACAAGGACAAUCUGGAUGCUGCUCGAAAUGCCAACCACAGCCUGGCAGUCUUCAUAAAGCGCUGCUUUAACCUAAUGGACCGAGGCUUUGUGUUCAAGCAGAUCAACAACUACAUCAACUGCUUUAUGCCUGGAGAUCCAAAGACACUGUUUGAGUUCAAGUUUGAGUUCCUGCGUGUUGUGUGCAACCACGAACACUAUGUGCCCCUAAACCUGCCCAUGCCUUUUGGAAAGGGGAGGAUACUGAGAUUUCAAGACCUCCAGAUGGAGUACUCAUUGACAGAGGACUUCUGCAGAAACCAUUUUCUGGCCGGGCUGCUGCUCAGGGAGGUCAGCGCAGCUUUGCAGGAGUUCAGAGAGAUUCGUCAGAUAGCCAUCCACGUGCUGAAGAACCUCAUGAUCAAACACACGUUUGACGACCGCUACACUUCCAAGAGCCAGCAGGCCAGGCUGUCCACCUUGUACUUUCCCUUGUUUGGUCUGCUUCAGGAGAACGUCAACAGACUGAACGUGAAGGAAGUUUCCCCAUUUCCCAUCAACCACUCCAAUAACAAUGGAAGAGAAGAUCCACUUCUGAGCAACACGUUAAUGACACCUCCAAGGUCCAGCACAUUCCUGGACACCAGCUUGCACAAAGAUGUUUUUGGAGCCAUCUCAGGCACCACUUCUCCUCAUGCAUCAUCCACCCCAAACAUUAACUCUGUGCGCCACACUGACUCUCGUGGCUCGCUGAUCAGCACCGAUUCUGGGAACAGCCUGCCUGAGAGGAACAAUGAUAAAGGCAAUUCUCUGGACAAGAACCAGCCGGUCUCGGCCUUGGGAAGCUCCCUUCUGCGCUGUGACAAACUGGAUCAGGCAGAGGUUAAGAGCCUCCUCAUGGGUCUUUUGCACGUACUUAAAAGCAUGUCCGAGGAUGCUCUGUUCACGUAUUGGAACAAAUCUUCAUCUGCUGAGCUGAUGGACUUUUUCACUUUAAUAGAGGUGUGCCUCCAUCAGUUUAGGUACAUGGGAAAAAGAUACAUUGCAAGGAGCCAGGAUGGGGCAGGACCCGUGGCACAUGAGCGGAAGGCUCAGACUCUGCCUGUGUCCCGUAACAGGGCGGGAAUGAUGCAUGCCCGCUUACAGCAGCUCAGCAGCCUGGAUAACUCAUACACUUUUAACUACACCUACAGUCACUCGGAUGCCGAUGUGUUGAAUCAGUCACUGCUGGAGGCCAACAUCGCCACUGAGGUGUGUCUAACUGUCCUGGACACUCUCAGUAUCUUCAUCAUGAGUUUUAAGACACAGCUUAGCUCUGAUCAUGGCCAUAGUCCACUCAUGAAGAAGGUAUUUGAAGUCCACCUCUGCUUCCUGCGCAUCAAUCAGUCAGAAACUGCCCUGAAACAGGUUUUCACAUCGCUGCGCACCUUUAUCUACAAGUUCCCAUGCACAUUUUUUGAGGGACGUGCAGAUAUGUGUGCAGCUUUCUGCUAUGAGAUCCUGAAGUGUUGCAACUCCAAGCUGAGCUCCAUUCGCAGCGACGCGGCUCACCUGCUGUAUUUUCUCAUGAAGAGCAACUUCGACUACACAAGUCGCAAGUCGUUUGUCAGGACGCACUUACAGGUGGUGAUUGCUGUCAGUCAGCUGAUAGCUGAUGUGAUCGGCAUCGGAAGUACCCGCUUCCAGCAGUCUCUGUCCAUAAUCAACAAUUGUGCCAACAGUGAUAAAACCAUAAAGCACACCGCUUUCCCAUCAGAUGUGAAGGACCUGACCAAACGCAUCAGGACGGUUCUGAUGGCCACGGCUCAAAUGAAGGAGCAUGAGAGAGAUCCGGAGAUGCUUGUGGACCUGCAGUACAGCCUCGCCAAGUCUUACGCCAGCACGCCCGAGCUGCGCAAGACCUGGCUGGACAGCAUGGCCCGAAUCCAUGUGAAGAAUGGAGAUCUGUCAGAGGCGGCCAUGUGCUACGUUCACGUUGCAGCACUUGUGGCCGAAUACCUUCGGAGAAAAGCCAUGUUCAAGCAGGGCUGCUCCGCUUUCCGAGUUGUGACUCCAAACAUUGAUGAAGAGGCAGCCAUGAUGGAGGACGUCGGCAUGCAGGACGUCCACUUCAACGAGAUCACUCCUGUGGAAGACGGCAUGAAGAGUGUCCUCCCAGACUCGCUCCACAUCUUCAACGCCAUCAGCGGCACGCCGACCUCCGUCACCAUCCAGGGGGUGCCGCACUCGGCCUCGGUGAUAUGAUCCGGAUCAGGGCUUGUAUAUUCACUGAUGAGGCCCAUGUUGCUGCUGGGACCAGAGACUGCUCUCACCCUUGUUUUGCACCCCGGUCGUAUCAGACGACCACAAACGAGGCACUGGACUUUUUAUCACACUUAUGGUGGGCCUGUUGACGGUUUAGACGACAGCACUGAGGAGAGGCCUGAGAAAUGGAGAGGACUCUAUGCAGAAAUAUCACGACUAUUUUUUUUUCUGUUUGAUUGUUUUCUGCGUUAUGGACAGAAAUUAAGUUUGAUGAGACGAAGAAUAAGCAGUGUUUUCCAAUGAAAAAUUCCUUUCGGAAUUUUUUUUUUACAUGCAUGUUGCUACAUCACCCAGAAAAAUCCCGUUUUUUCUUAUUUUGAUAAUAUUUCACAAUAUGUUUCUUAUGUACAGUAUUCCACUUUUGUAAGCCACUG